AUGCCGCGAAUUAUGAUAAAAGGAGGUGUUUGGCGGAACACCGAGGAUGAAAUCCUCAAAGCCGCCGUCAUGAAAUAUGGCAAAAACCAAUGGUCACGUAUUGCGUCGCUGCUGCAUCGCAAAUCAGCGAAGCAGUGUAAAGCAAGAUGGUACGAGUGGCUGGAUCCGAGCAUUAAAAAGACCGAAUGGUCUCGCGAGGAAGAUGAAAAGCUACUUCAUCUGGCUAAGCUCAUGCCUACCCAAUGGCGCACAAUCGCGCCCAUUAUCGGUCGGACGGCUGCGCAGUGUUUGGAACGGUACGAAUUCCUGCUUGACCAAGCUCAGCGGAAAGAGGAAGGCGAAGAUGGAAUGGAUGAUCCACGUAAACUUAAACCAGGCGAGAUUGAUCCCAAUCCCGAGACGAAACCCGCUCGUCCCGAUCCCAAAGAUAUGGAUGAGGAUGAAUUGGAGAUGCUCUCAGAGGCCCGAGCUCGACUGGCCAACACGCAGGGUAAAAAAGCGAAACGUAAAGCGCGUGAAAAGCAACUGGAGGAAGCUCGUCGGCUUGCUGCUUUGCAGAAGCGACGUGAGCUUCGCGCGGCCGGUAUUGGAGUAGGCAAUAGAAAGCGCAAACUAAAGGGCAUCGAUUACAACUCCGAAGUACCCUUCGAGAAGACCCCAGCACCUGGAUUUUACGAUACGACCGAUGAAUUCGUAGUGCCAAUUGCUGCAGAUUUUUCCAGUCUUCGCCAACAGACCCUAGACGGAGAGCUACGUGUGGAAAAAGAAGCCCGUGAACGGAAAAAGGAUAAAGAAAAAUUGAAACAAAGAAAGGAAAAUGAUAUCCCGACGGCACUGCUGAAAAAUCAGGAACCAGCCAAGAAACGUUCCAAACUAGUACUGCCGGAACCUCAAAUCACUGAUCAAGAAUUGCAGCAAGUCGUGAAGCUGGGUCGCGCCAGUGAGAUAGCCAAGGAGGUAGCUUCAGAAAGCGGUGUUGAAACGACGGAUGCGCUACUGGCAGACUACAGCAUCACGCCUCAAGUGGCUGCAACACCGCGCACGCCCGCACCAGUUACAGAUCGAAUUUUGCAGGAAGCCCAAAACAUGAUGGCGUUAACGCAUGUAGACACCCCAUUGAAAGGUGGUGUCAACACACCUCUCCAUCAAUCUGAUUUUUCGGGUGUGUUGCCCCAAAGCCAAGCGGUCGCCACUCCAAACACAGUGCUUGCGACACCGUUUCGUUCAGUCCGAGGCUCCGAUGGAAGUGCGACUCCUGGAGGCUUCCUUACUCCGGCCUCGGGAGCGAUGGUUCCCGUUGGUUCGACUACUCAACCACACAUUCCAGGGGCUACACCGACUUUUCUGCGCGAUAAACUAAACAUCAAUACAGAAGACGGAAUGAGCGUGGCUGAAACACCGGCCGCAUACAAGUCCUACCAGAAGCAGCUAAAAUCAUCACUCAAGGAAGGACUCGCAUCGCUUCCGACUCCGAGAAACGAUUACGAGAUUGUUGUACCCGACAACGAAACCGACGAGGCAGGCGAAGAUGGAUCGAUGGACACCGAGCAGAUGAUACCGGAUCAGGCGGAUGUAGAUGAGAAACGGAAGCGCAACAAACUUGCUCAGGAAGCGAAGGAGCUUUCACUGCGCUCACAGGUGAUCCAGCGAGAAUUGCCGCGUCCGCUGGAAAUCAACACAACUGUACUUCGUCCAUCAAAUGAAAUGCACGGCUUAACUGAUUUGCAAAAGGCAGAGGAGCUGGUCAAACAGGAGAUGGUUAAAAUGCUCAAUUAUGAUGCCCUACGGAAUCCAAUACAGCAAACACAGGCACCUUCAUUGAAACGUCCUGCUCUUGCCCAAUACCAGGCGUAUUUAGAGCAGCAUCCGUACGAAAAUAUUGAUGAAUCUGAUCUGGCCGAGGCGCGCAAGAUGUUGGCGGCUGAAAUGGGGGUUGUCAAGCAAGGAAUGGCCCACGGGGACUUGUCGCUGGAAAGUUACACUCAGGUAUGGCAGGAAUGCUUAUCGCAGGUGCUGUAUUUGCCGAGCCAGAACCGAUACACGCGUGCCAAUCUAGCUAGUAAGAAAGAUCGCAUAGAAUCGGCAGAAAAACGAUUGGAAAUCAAUCGAAGACACAUGGCGAAAGAGGCAAAACGAUGUGGAAAGAUUGAAAAAAAAUUGAAAAUUCUCACGGCCGGUUAUCAAGCACGUGCGCAGGCACUGAUAAAGCAAUUCCAGGAUACUAACGAACAGAUCGAGCAAAACUCUUUGGCGUUGUCGACAUUUAUGUUUCUUGCCGCUCAGGAGGAUUUAGCUAUUCCCAAGCGGUUGGAAUCUUUAACGGAGGAUGUAAUGCGGCAAACGGAGCGGGAGAAAACCCUGCAAGCUCGAUACGCUCAGCUGACUGAUGAGUUGGAGGAAUUGAAUCGUCUUUUGGAGGAUGCCCGAGUCAAUGGAGUGGAAGAUAGCGAGGACAUGGAAGUACCACGUGUGAAUGGCACGUGUGAUCAUAACGAAGAGGAAGCGAAAGAUGACGAAGAAGCUGAACCAGACGAGCGUCAUAGUAAUAAUAUCCAAAACUCAGACCAAACAGAAGAGCCAGACAUGCAUCCUUUGGGAGAUCGGGCAGAAGAAUCUGAAGAGGAAGAAUCAGAUGAAAAUCAUGAUCAGCGGGAAAGCGAAGAUGAAAACAAACAGCAUAGUUCUGAAGAUAAUGAAAGCAAUGAAAAUUCUACCGAUUAUCCUGAGAAUCAGCAGAAAGAUGAACAAAUGGAACAAGACGAACAACAAAGUGAUGUCGAGGAAACUAGUGACGAUUAA